UACGCUCUAACACUACGCCUGGUGGUCCUCGGGCGCGCCGCCGCCCGCCUCGCAGUCCCGGAACCGCUCCCGCGCGCUGCCGAAGAGAGCCAGCAGUUGCGGAUACGCCCAUGCCGAGAGCGACCGCGCCGUGCGGCCGCACCAGAGCGUCGUCUUCCAACCGGCGCAAAAUACAGCGCUCACAACUCCCCGGCGCUGCGUCGCCUCGCGCAACGCCUUGACGGCGUCCUUCUGACCGGUCGCGUGCCGAAAGGUCGCGCCCGUGCGCCGUACGUCGGUGUACAGGAACAUCGCUUUCAGAGUGGCCGCCCGCUCCGCAUCCUUCGUCACGCAAAUCACGUGCGGCGCCGCGCGCGGCGACCACAGACUUCGGCCGCGCUGCCCCACGAACAACCCGAUGGUCACGAGGACGUGGUCGAGCGGCGCCGAUCGCGCGCUGGCCGGCGCGACCGCCGUGGAAAUCUUCGCCGCCGGCGAGGCGUGCGCCGCGACGGACACGAAGUCCACGCGUCGCAGGCUCUCGCAGAGGUUCCGCAGCGUCGCGCAGACGCCCACCGACUCCGCGUCGACGAUGACGAGCGUGCGCAUGCGCGGGCUCGACAGCGGCGGACCCAGUUCAUUCAAGCUUUCCUCAAACGACGGGGGUCGCGGCGCGGUGCUGCCUCCCGUGCGGAUGAUCAUCCUUGGUUGCCGCGCGCUUCUUUCGCGGUUGUUUAGCUGUUUGUGCGUGCGCUGUGCCCUGUGGCUAGAUCCUGGCUGUGCUCUCGAGCGCUGCUGUGAGGACCUGGUUUGCCGCAGCGCUGUAAUUCGUUGCGCGGAGUCACAAAUUUAUCACUGCUGUAGACGAACGCACGAAUGCUUGCCCUACACGCUUAAAAAACGCCGGCCGACCAAGC